UCAUUUGCCAAAUAUUUUCUGUCAUUUUCAGAUCCAUAAAGAUUCCCAUGUCUGCAUCUGCUCUGCAAACCAAAAGAGAUGUCUGUUGAUGAGGAUACUGUAAAAACUGGCAGUCCACAGGCCAGCUCAGCGUCACCGCUGCAGCUCACAGAAUGCACCGGAGGUUACAGUAAUAUAUCUAUGAUGGUGGAGGGCACAGCAGCCACUCCGGAUUUUGCAGCCGCUUGUCCUGUCAUGGGUACUGCAACCUCACCAAAACACACCAGCACCACUGACACACUCGCCCACUCAGACAGCGCUGGACAGAGAGCUAGAGGGAACGAGAAUAACUUGAAUCGCAAGAACAGCUUUUCUCAUUCCAAACAACAGCCACAGACGAAGCUGGCAAAGCGCCGCAACACAGCAAAUUCUAGCUUCAAGCAUCCCACAUCUGGCAAGAGGAGGCGGAGGGCCAACUCUGAGAGUGACUCGGUCCUGCCUAGCAACUUCCUCCUGGGUGGGAACAUUUUUGACCCGUUGAAUCUCAACAGCCUCCUGGAUGAGGAGGUCAACAAGGCGCUGAAUGCAGAGACACCCAAAUCAUCGCCGCUGCCAGCAAAGAGCCGUGACCCUGUGGAGAUCCUCAUCCCCAGAGACAUCACAGAUCCACUGAACCUGAAAAGUGGGAUGGCAGACAGCAGGUUUUUGGUGUCCCCCUUCAAGGGUGGUGGCAGGAAGAGACACCGCAACAGACACCAUGGAGGAGCAGGAGGAGGAGUAGGUGGUAGUGGAGGUGGUGGGGGGAUUUCAACGACACAGAUAAACCUCUCAGAAUCCGGAAAAAGUGAGUGUAAAGCUGGCACCUCUGCACCGCUUCCAGCUAUGUUAGCAUCAUGUUCUGCACUAGAUAUCUCCAAAGAGUCCAACAGUUUCUCCAGUGUCACAGGGGACUCCCAUGAGCACUCAGCUGACAACUCAGGCAGCUCUAAGGAGGAGAUAACAUCGGUAUCUCUGGAGGAUUCCAUUUCCUCCGUACCAGGGGGACCAAACCAGCACACAGGCAGACGCAAGCGGAGACGCAACUCUGGCAAAGCUGAGGCCCCUGUUAUCCAUUCUACACCAAUUGGAAAGUCAGGACCUGGAGACAGGAGUUGUGCUACUGGGGGACCGAGAAAUUCUCAGUCCUUCCACACACCAAGGAGUGGUGGUCCCAAGACGGGGCCAGGAUGUCGCUCACACCAGCAGCCCCAAAACCAGGGAAAUCAUCAGCAUCAGAAGAAGAAGUUCCAGUACGGGAACUACAACAAGUAUUAUGGCUACCGCAACCCAGGAUCUAACGAAGACCCACGAAUACGUGUACUUCGUCCUGAAUGGUUUGAAGGUAAAGACGUUCUGGAUUUGGGUUGCAACUCAGGCCACUUAACUCUCUAUAUUGCCAAAAUGCUAAGACCAGCCCGUAUACUAGGCCUGGACAUUGACAAUGGUCUUGUACAUGCAGCCCGUAAGAACAUCAGACAUUAUCUGUCAGAACUGCAGACCCAAGAGGCCAGGCGGGCAGUGCAGGGCACAAAACAGGAGGAGAGGAUUGGAAGCAAGAGUCACACAGGCACAGACAAGAAGCACAAUGAAGCGGAGAGCGGGGAGGAAAAUGGGAGAGCGGUGAAAGGAGAAAGUGGCCCUGCGGAGGCUCUAAAUGACAAUGACUGCCGUCACACAGAUGAGGCAGAGACCCAGAGGCAGGACAGCAAAACAGAGGAAAUGGAGCAGGGAGAUUGUGAUUCACCCCCCGCUGAUCAUUCUGUGAGCUGCUCUUUUCCCGUCUCCCUACGGAUCUCCAGGGGGCCCAUCGCUGCACCUCCACUGACAGAGACAUCCUCCACACAGCCCGGGGAGUUCCCUUCCAAUGUGUCCUUCGUCAAGGCCAAUUAUGUUCUGGACAGCGAUAACCUUCUUGUGACUCAGCGGCCAGAGUACGAUGUGAUCCUGUGCCUGAGCGUUAGCAAGUGGGUCCACCUGAACUGGGGAGACGGGGGCCUCAAACGGCUCUUCAAGAGGGUCUAUCGACACCUCCGUCCUGGUGGCUUGUUCAUCUUGGAGCCACAGCCCUGGGAGUCCUACGUGAGGAGGAAGAAGCUGACGGACAACAUUAACAAGAAUUAUCACAGCAUCCGCCUCAAACCUGAGCAGUUUUCCUCAUAUCUUACAACCGAGGUGGGCUUCUCCAGUUUUGAGCACCUUGGGGCCCCCAAGUGUUCAGUAAGAGGUUUUCAGAGGCCGAUCUACUUGUUUCACAAAUGACCGCUCCUGCCUUGAUGAUCAUUGAAUGUGAGUAGCCUGAACCACCACCAGACAAACAAGCCAGCCAGCUGACCUGGACUGCGAGGAGCCGUCUGACUCCUUCACAGUUUCUACAGCUACUCAGAUGCUGAAGUUGAAAUUCUCAAAGGGGAACAGGACCAAAUGUGGAAUUAAUUUUGUAAAGAUGAGAUGUUUUGUGGAGGAACACCCAUCAAGAUUCCUCUGUGACUACAGAUUCUUAAAAUAACUAUGUAGGUCACUCAGAUCUGACUCCACAGUGUCUAACCUGGAGCUAACCAUCACAGUGCGGCCAGACUGUGUGCAGAGGUGCUCAUGUGAUCUCAUCAUUUCUUUGGACUAUCCUAGUGCUAAUGAUGCCCAAGUUUGAACCUUGGCCAUAAAUGAUUUUGAAUAUCUUUGGCCACAUAUCUCGACUUUCAUAACUUCGUUCUGUACCACCAUAUCACCAUACAUUGAACAUGUUUGGGCUGGGAGAUAGGGCAGACGAUUCCAAUUGACCACCGCUAAGCUGCAGUGUACGACUUAAUAACAAAGCCAUCACCAGAUCAUGCCGUCAUGAUAAAAAAAGCCACACCAUAGUUCAGGUAGUGCGUUUCAUGAAUCAGAUGAAGCCUCGGGAUGCACGCUACAUUAAACCUACUGAUGACGAAGACAUUGAGACGUUUUGAUCGGAAAAAUGACUCGUGUUUGAAUCCUUUUGAGACAGACGGGAACGCACAUAGUUUGCGGAACAUAAAAGAGUCAAACAAACACUAGCAGCAAAACGUUUGAUUACAAAUAGCUGAUGAUCUUUGUCCCAUCUCCCAACCCUGAUCGUGUUGUAACUAUUUUUGCAUUACAGGCCAAAGAGCUGAAGGAAAUCAAACCUGUCACAGAGCUAUGAGAAAUUAAGAAGUCCACAUUUUGAAAUUGGACGAUAUGAAAAGCUCUGAAAUUGCACAAACCUGAGGCCCUAUGAAGUGAAGAGGGUCUUGACCGAGAGAUAAAAAGAAUAAGGCACAAAAUGAAAGUUCAAUCCAAAACAGCCAAAACGACAAACAUUCAGUGACAUAGUGAAUGAUUAAUCAGUCCUUUUUUUGGUAACACUCAUUUCCUUAAAAUCUGCCAUCAAAGACGACAAUGUAGUCCAAUGUGAAAUAUAUUUAUAUGUCAAAUUUCCAGACAGCCUGAGCACACCUUUUAAAACUGCAAACAGUUUAGUUCUUUAAUAUUACAUCACCUAGAAAGUGAAAUCCUCCAGUAAAAGUUCAAACAUGACUUUUUCAAAGAACCGAGUUUCUGGCUGUUUUGAAGGUGAACUUUCUUUGACCUGUCAGAACGGUUCGAGAGUUUUAAAGCUGGUAGGGAAGCAACAAAUCACUUCAUUGGUCCUUUAAGCCUUACUAAUGCUCCAUCCUAAGGGUAGGGGGCAUAUUUGAGCUGUGAUGACACCCAGGUGGGAGCUCAGCUCUAAAAAAUUCAGCACAGAGACGACAAGGACUAUUUUGAAAAGUUGAUCCACAGCAGGCAGUGGUCGUUUUUUUUUUUGUUUUUUUUUUUGUUCUAAUGACAGUUAAGCCAUAGCCCUACAUAAUGUGUUGUAUACAAUGUCCUUCAUUGGGUGCUGACCAAGAGUCUAAUUAAAAGAACACUGUACGACAGACGGUCUGUUAUAGUGCUCUAUGAAUCUGACACAUGCAUUGUUUUGUGUACAGAUAAUGCACUAAUUCAAACGGCAGCAUUAACAUGUUCUUGCUCUUCAGUUGGAUCAACUUCUACAACACUGAACAAACAUAUCCAUGUGUAGAAAAUGAAUUGGGUCUAAAAUGACUGAAAAGUAUCCACAUGACUCUGAUUCAGUUUUAAUAAUAAUAUGUUGUUUGUUUUGGAAGUGCAGCCAAAAUAUUUGAAGGGUCUUUUGCUCCAGAAUUUGACAAAAUAUGCCAUCAUCAUCCUCUCCGUCUCUGUCAUCAAGAGGACACCUUUGGGGCAGCCAGUCUUUGUGAUUGUAUCUCUGUUGUGCACUGACACUGCUAAUCUGUGACAUUUCAUUUUCAGUGGCUGGAACAUGAAAUCUUCCCUAUUUUGGUGUCUGGUUCACUAACAUCAUUUUGCAUUCUAGGAUAGGGAAUGAUUAAAAAAAAAAAAAAAAAAAAAAAAAAAAGAUGGGUGAUAUUGUGUUUGUAUUUUACUAAAUGAUCAAUGUAAAUAUGUUGGCAAAUUUUCUUUAAUUGUCAAUAUUAAGUUCAUAACUGCUUUUGUCAUUUUCCAGUUGUUGUUUUUUUUUGUUUUUUUUGCCUUGUUUUCAGAUGUUUGCUGCCAAGUUGUGAAUGAGUCACAGGUCGGAGUUUUUGUCCUAAGAUGGGCCACUGAUCCAGCUCUGUAUCAAGAGAUGAAUAUGUACAUUUCAAAGCUCUGAUGUGUUUGAUUUGCUCUCUCAUGGCGGGCAUGUGGAUUGUUAGAUUGGCUCUUUAUUUUUUUAUAAACAGUUUGAAAGGAGUGUUGUUGUCAAUGCACUCUCAUUUCACUUCAUUUGAUAUACUAUAUCGAAGAAGCAACUUUUUUGAUAAUUUUUCCAUCCAUUUUUUUUUAAACAAGUUGAAAAUCACUGAGCGUAUAAAAUAAUCUUCAGGUUUCAAUUAGCAUUGAAAGUCUGAUUUAGCCCAUUCGUCACAGGGCAACAAGCACACCGCUCCUCUAGGCUCAGACAAUCUUACGCUCAGGCUUAGAUCUGCCGUCUUUUUGACUUCAUGCAAAAGUAGCUAAAUAGUUCCUUAUGCAGGUUGCAUAAUGAGCAUUUCAUUUAAGGAGAAAUGUGAGUUAAGCUUAGCAGUUCUUUCUCUCCUAUGUUAAAGACCGCACCUUACUGUCUCAGAAGCAGAACUGAUUUUAACUCAUCAGGCCUGACUGAUUAGAAGUCCAUGUAUCCAAGCUAAAGUAUGUUUUUGCUUGACAUGUGAAAUGGCAUGUUGUCAUCUUAACUGCUUUAUAAAUUGGACUCUCCUUGGGGAUUUGAAGUUGUGCAGUCUAAUAGUGAUUUUUAUUACAUUCAGUUACCCAAAAAGGGGAGUUAGAGGUCAGCACUCAUUGUUUCAGCUUCAUUUAAUGUAAGUCAGACUUGUAACUAUCUCAAAUGAAUUAUACUCAGAUCUAUUAGGAUAUUCAUCUUAUAGAACUUAGGUUUAGGGUUGACGACCCUAAUUUUGCAAAAUCUGCUCCUCACAUUUGUAAUCUUGCCCUCUUCUCUAAAAAAUAUCCAAUAUGAAUCUACUUUGUCGAAUUAUAAAAACAUUCUGAAAACCUGAGAGUUUGAAAUUAAAAAACUUUAGUGUUUAGGUUGUCCAUUGUGCUACAGAAACUUUAAAUCAAAUGCAAGUGAAAGCACAGCCUACUUCAUGUACUAUUUCCUAAAAUGAUUUUUUCUUCAUGUUUUGAAUUUAAAAACGUUAAGACUGGGGGACUGAAACGUAGGUGCGGUGAAUUACAUAAUUUGGUUUUCUGGAGUUUGUCAGAGAGAAACUGUUCUUAUUGAUGAAUAUUAUUCAGUUAAUGAUGAUUUGAGUGUCACACACGAGAGCUUCAAAUUCUUAUCUAUGCCCACUUUCAUAUAUUUCAAUCAAGUUUUAUAUGUAGCUGCAGCCCAUAUUCUAGUGUUAGAGCAGCUGUAGUGAUGAAAUGUUAGAAAGAUUUUUGUUAGAAACAAUUAGGCUCUGCAAACAUACAUGAGUUGUUUUUAAGAUAAAGUACAUUACUUAAAAUUGAGCUGUUGUGUGACAGCUUAAACUGGAUGAAAUAUAAAUUUCCUUGGAGCACAACGAACGCACAUAGUCAAGGAGUGUAUAUCACCUCUUCCUGCUGAAUUUGCACUGAUAUUGAGGUAAUUAAUGUAGUUGAGUACAUUCUUGCUGUUGAAGUUCAUGUUUUACAUUAACGUUAACAUUUGUAGAACAGCUUUUCUGGGAGGGGGGAACUUGGAAUAAACAUAUUCCCUUUGUCAGGGAACCUUUGAUUUUUUUUAUGCCUCUGAACAACAAUAUCUGAAUGUUAAUGUGUUCAUCAUUUCCAUUGAUUAAAAAGUGGUUCAAGA